AUGAGUCGGAAAACCGCACAACAACGCGAACUGUCCAGGAAGGCGAAAAUUGAUCCCCUCAAAAGUGAUCGCUAUAAAAUAAUCAGUCGACUAGGAGAUGGUGGAUUUUGUGAAGUAUUCAAAGCGAAGGAUAUACAAACAGGACGAUUUGUUGCUAUCAAAAGAGUGGAUCGAGCAAAACCAACUUAUCAAAAAUAUUCUCCAAAGGAGGUGGAAAAAAAGAUAAAGAAACUGAUGUAUCGAGAAGCAUCCAUUAUGCGCGCUUUGGAGCAUCCUAAUUUGGUGAAAUUAUACGAUUUGGUCGAUGAGAGUGAUCAAAUUUAUCUGGUAAUGGAAUUGGCCGAGGGUGGAGAACUAUUCGAUCGCAUAAUCAAACGAGGAAAAUUUAGCGAACGUGACGCGGCCAUCAUUAUUUCCCAGAUGCUUUCCGGAGUUCGAUAUAUGCAUGCGGCCGGCUAUGUUCAUCGUGAUAUCAAACCGGAGAAUAUACUGUUCGAACGUCAGACAGACGAUUCUAAACUACUGAUCACAGACUUUGGUCUGUCUAGAGAAGUUCAACCAAAAAUGAUGACCAAUUGCGGUACAGUUGACUAUUCCGCACCUGAACUAUUGAAAAGUAAACUGACCAAAUCGGGCUAUGGACCGGAAGUGGAUAAUUGGAGUAUUGGAGUUGUCUCAUACAUCUUACUGUGCGGCUAUCCUCCGUUUUAUUCAGUCAAUCAAGAUGACAAUGAGAUCAAGAAACAAAUCAUGUCUGGCAGUUAUCAUUUCCAUCAUCCACACUGGGAUCAUAUAUCAAAAUCAGCAAAAAAUUUUAUUGCCUCCCUGUUGAAACCGGAUCCGGAAGAACGAGCAACCCUGGAUCAGUCGUUAGAACAUCCGUGGAUUCGGUUGGAAACAAGUUCGACCAUGGACAUCUAUCCGAUGAUCGAAUCCAGUAUGCGAGAUACACUCGCGCGACAACGGUGGCGUUGUUUGGGCCUGGCAGCAAAUGCUGUGAACUUGUUUACUCUCGCUAGUCCCACUAUGGUCAAUCGUUGUUUCUCGGUAAAAGAUGCACCUGGUGCUGAGGAAGUUUGA